AUGGACGUAAUCAGCACAAUCAGCGCCGGACAGAUCGCAGGGAAACUUUUGAUGUAUGGGCUGCCAGCUAUUUCAAGCUUGGUUGCCAUCUCAACUGAGCUCAAAGAAGGAAAGGCAGCGGCGCAGAAGGAGACGACGUACAAGGAAAUGGAGAAAGCCAUACCCAAGGUCCUUGAGCUUAUUGAACAAAAAGAGAUUCGACACGUCGCCAACGCAUUCAACUCAACCCCAGAAGUCAUUGCAUACUUCCAAGCCGCCACCGUUGGUGCCGUGCCUCUUAUUCUCCUGGAUGUUGCGCAGUCUAUCAAAAGAAUUGGCGCAAGUCUCGAUGGGAUCAAAGACGAGCUCGCGAUUUCAAACAUAGCCAAGGUUUAA